AUGGCUAGCAACUCAAAGCCACUUCGAAUCAUAAUCGCCGGUGCUGGCAUCGCUGGCUUGGCAACCGCAAUCUCACUUACACGAAUCUCUGGCAUACCAGAUCUAGAUAUCCAGCUGUAUGAGCAGGCUCCAGAGCUCCGGGAAAUCGGAGCUAGUAUUGCCCUCAGCCCUAAUGGCUUACGGACACUCGAAAAAUUGGGAGUAGAUUCUGCUCUGAGUGACGAAAUUGGGUUCCGCGGCCCGAUUGGAAUACCGCAAAUCUAUAGGCAUUGGAAAACGAAUGAAGUGGUGUCAGUCGAUACCUUCGCUAAUGUGCCUGAUCGACGCCAUCAGACGGCACGAUUCCACAGAGGACACCUUCAUGCGGCCCUGCAGGAGCACGUACCAAAAGAGCGAAUUCAUCUGAAUAAGAAGAUAUCUCAUGCUGAAGCCAAUGACGAGGGUGUUACUCUUUUCUUCGAAGACGGCACUAGCGCCCACGGAGAUAUUUUGAUAGGAGCAGACGGAAUUCGAUCAGAAGUCAGAGGGGCAUUCUAUCCCAACUACAAACUAAGGUUCAGCGGGAAAGUAUACAUGAGAUCUACCUUUGACAUAGGGCUGGUGGAGGGCAAAGUGCCUGAUUUGCCAGCUGACGCUGCUCACUGGUGGGGACCUGAUAACGCAUUCUUUGCCUCAAGACUCGGCAAGGGUAUAUAUACCGUCGUUGGUUCUUAUACUGAUGGGCGCAGUGCUGAAGAAUUGGAAAAGUCAAUUACAUGGGACCAGGCCGGCAAUGUCGAACUCUUGAGAGAGAAAUACAAGGAUUGGCACCCUAUCAUCAAAUCUCUUACGGAGCUGACGCCAUACACUCGUCUUUAUCCCAACUACGCGGGCGAUGCGCUACCUUCUUGGAUCCCUGCUUCACGCGUCACUCUAGUAGGUGAUGCAGCUCACACUCAUGGAGGUUCUUUCGCUGCAGGUGGCUCGUUGGCUCUCGACGAUUCCUUGGCACUUGGACUGGCUUUCAAGCAAGUCUUUUCAUCCGGUUCACCUAAUGUUCCAUUUUCCCAAGAAAACAUUCGCCAGGCAUUUAGCUUAUAUGACCAAACAAGAAGACCACAUGCGGCUCGCUUGUUGAACAUCAUUCAUGGCUUGAUGAGUCGCAAGGCGCCAACAUAUGAGACGCCCGAGGAAGCAGACGAGGCGCUUCGGGCCAGAAUGAGGAGCCGACCAGAUGUGCUGUGGCUCUCUGAACACGAUGUAGAAAAGACUUUUGAGCAAGUGGUGAAGAGCUCGGGGGGAAAUACUGCAGACACAGAGGAACAGUCAAAGGUCUCCAGGCCAACGCAUCUGCCAGAAAAUGCAAUUACACUGCGUGCUAGCAAGUUAUAA